UCCUUUUGCCGCAUUUACUCACGUUUUGAAGCCCGGGAACUUCCCUUUCUUUUCCCUUUUCCCUCCCGCUCUCUCCCUCUCUCUCUCUCUCUCGUCGGCUCCGGAAGCCCGAUCUUUGCCCUAAAAAUUAUCGUUUAGGGCAAAUCGAUUCAAACUGAUGUGAGAUUUCACUUUCUGAUGCAGUGGAGUUCAGAUCGUGUUUGACGAGUUCGUGGCUUCGCUUCCGCUGUUCAAAAAGAUUUUCAAUGUCGAGGAAAAAAUUUGGUCAUGGGGGGAAUAUAUAGAUUUACAAUAUGACUAUGGCAAAAGUUGCAGUUCCUGGUUCUUUGACAUCUAAUUCUCUUCCUUUUGGAAGAGGUUCAAAGGUUCAAGCUGGUAAGGCAAUGAAAAGGAAGACACCCUCGGAGUUGAGAGGAGAGCAAUUGAAGCGAAGUUGCAGUCAAGAGCUUGUAGAUGAAUCACCAGUUUCUUUGCCUGGUGCUGAGAAGAAUAAUACUGGGGUAGCAAAUAACGUUAAGAAAUCAGAGACAUCAAAAGUUCCCAGGUAUAUUGACACCCGUGUUGAUGAAGUAUUUCCUGUCAGAAAAUCCAACAACAGGGUUAGACUACUUAAUGGAAAAGAGAAGGGCAAGGAUAGUUUUUCAAAUGAGCAAUCUAACAGUCUCAAAAAGUCAACUGCUUCUUUUGGGUUGGCUGAUAAAAGUCAACCCCUAUUUACAUGUGGUGGCAGUUCUGUGUGUUCAGUGGAUUCAACUGCAUCUGCCAAGGAUAUUCUGGGUGAAGCUUGUCAGACAACUGAAACAUGCAAUCAACGAUUAACUGAAAAAAGCAAUCAGUUUCUUAGUCCUUCUGAAGCUUCUUUGGGCAUUGGAAAAUCGGAUUUAAUUGCUGUUGAUAUGGACAAAGUGCUAAAAGGACUUGUUGCUCAUAACCCUCCUGCUGAUUCUUCUGAAAAAGUUGGUGAUCUCUCAUCAGUUUAUUCUGGUAGUUUCUGUUCUGAAGUCCAUAUUCCUGGUAGUAAAACUCCUUUGGAUCUUACGCUCAAAACUACUGUGCGAUUGGUCUCCUCUUCCCCAGUAAAUUGGUGUCAUAGGGUAACUCCAGGUAGUUCAUACAAUUUGAUGGCUCAGUUCACUUCUCGAUUUGGUUGUUCUGGAGAUCAUGAUGUCCGGCAAUCUUUGGAGACUGCUCAGGCAUUGUAUUCAAAAGCCUUACAUUCAUGGGUCUACCCACAAUCUUCUUUACCACCCCUUAUUAUAUCAGCAUUGACUUCAGCAGCCGCACAAGGAGGAGAGGCAGAUUUCUUAUUGAAACGACAACUAGCCUGGGAAGAUUCAUUUCAAAGUCUUUACUAUAUGCUUCGGAGGAGAAUCUGUGACAUUUUUUAUGUGUGUACUUCACAGUUUGUGGUGAUGUUUACUGGUGCUGACUACCCUGGAAGAACAAAUCGAUUAUGUAAUGCUUACAUCUCCCAGUCUACAAGAGGUUUAAGAUCCUUGCUUCGAGAGCAUGACAUUUGUUUUUCCAUGCCUCUAUGCCGUUCUGAAGUAGAGCAAGCUAAUGUAGAAGACCUAGUAGAGCUUUCAGAGAUUGAGAAACGCAAUGUGGGCCAGGCUCGCCGUUUGGUUUCUAUCUCUGAUGUGGAUAACAGUCCUCAAUCUCUUCUAGCAUUUUCUGGAAAUGACAAUGUACACGGAUUGUAUGAUUUUCUGUUAAACUAUAGGUCAAUCUUAAGUUCUUUGACUGGCUUAGAUGUCCCUCUCUUGUAUUCACCAGUCCCAUUCCAAAAUGCAUCUCUUUGUUCUCCAGAGGUGAGAUGCAGAGAGAUGAAGAGAGUUGAUACAGUCUCUUGUAGGGGUUCCAACAUGGAAGAAGGCAACUUCUGUCAAGAUUCACGAACUGGUUUCUGCUAUAGUAUUGAAGUCAAGGACACCUUUCUUCCACCAUGGAUUAUUUCUGGCAUAUGUGCUGCCAUGGGCUCUGAAGGAAGAAGUUUUGAGGCCAGCUUUACAACUGAGGCCAUUUCUAUUGGCUUGAAUGUUGCACUUGAUACUGACUGUCAGAAAACUGAUACUAAAACAGAGGCAUGUAAAAGCUUGCCAGAAAGCAAUACCUUCAAUGUUCCAAAAGCUGUUGUUGCUCCUUGUUUGCAAUCUGCUUCAUUAAGAGGGCUGAAGUACUGCAAUGGUUCUUAUACAGCUUCACUUUUGCCUUUAUAAUGUUCUAUUCUCAUAGAGCACACCUAUCACAGGGGACUGGACUGCUGUAUUCAUUAAGUGCAGUUUUGUUUGCCUUUCUGCAUUGCUGCCUAUUUUCUGCAUUUGUGGCAAAUCCCGUUUCUAACGUAAUCAUGCCCAUGCCCAUGCGUAUGUGCUAGUAGUUUUUGGUGAAAGUUAUUUUACUGCAGCUAGCAAUGUAAUUUUUUUUUAACUAUUGCACUGAUCUAUUCCAUUACCAUCAAAUUAUGCUAA